GCUUGUUAAGCAGUUUUGGUCUUUGUCUUUAUCAAGUUUAGUCGUGAGUAAUAGCAAACCUGAUUAUCUGGAGGGUAUCAGGGACCUCGAAGCCCCUAUCGAGGAUAAGGAAUUUUCUGACAGUUCCAAUUCUCAGGUCAUUACUGAAACUGGAAGAACAAGUCAAUCGCAUGAGCCGCUUCGUGUUAUGGACUCUAAAGUUGCAGAAAUUUUGAACACAUUAAGGAAGUACUUUUCCUGUAUUCCUGACUUCAGAUAUAUGGCAGGACUCAAAGUUAGAAUAUCAUGUAGUUUGAGUUUUGAAUCUAAUACUUUCAAUCGCAUGUUGGGAAUCAAUAACACUGCCACACCCCAGGAAGAGAUAGAUGCACUUCCCGCUAUAUAUGCUACUGUGUUAAAUUUUUCCUCUUCUGCACCAUAUGGAUCAAUUCCAUCAUCUCGUAUACCUUUUCUUCUUGGUGAACCUCACAGUAAAGAUCAUGCAUCUCAAAAUGCCGCCCUUAGUAUAGUUCCUAUUGGAAAUGAUUCUAGAAAAGAAGAAAACUAUAGAGCUACCGUUGUGAUCGAUUUGGAGCCAAGGGAACCGACACCAGGUAUAGUUGAUGUUCACAUUGAAACAAAUGCAGAAAAUGGUCAGAUCAUCCAAGGUCAACUUCAGGGAAUCACAGUAGGCAUAGAAGACAUGUUUCUUGAGGCCAUUGUUCCAUCAGACAUCCAAGAAGACGCAAGACCUCAGUACAACUUUAACUUGUUCACAGCUUUAUGGGAAGCAUGUGGCUCAUCCUCUAGCACCGGGCGGGAAACCUUUCAAUUGAAAGGGGGCAAAGGGAUUGCUGCCAUAAGUGGAACGCAAUCUGUCAAGCUUCUUGACGUCUCUGCGACCUCUUUGAUUCAGGCUACCGAGCGCCAUUUGGCACGCUUUGUUGUAGGUGUGAGCGGGGAGCCACUUAUUGAUGCUGUAUGGGAAGGGGGAAUCAUUCAGAAUGUCAUUUGGGAAGAUACUUCCCGUGAUGCCUCACCAGUUUCAAAUCACAAUUCAGGUCCACUUCGGCUUACAUACAAUAAUGAA